GCUGAAAACUACGAAUCUGCAGGUUAUGGUGUACAAGAAAUAAAUGUUCAAGACGCGGGAAGUGGGAAAGGAAGCUCAGGAGCAGAAUUGACAAGCUUAGCUCACAGUUCUGCAGUACAAGCCAAAAAUGCUGUAAGAAGUCAACACACUGCUGGAAGUCAAGCAGCUUUUGGAGUUAAAAGUAGCUUAGCUAGUGCUGCUGUUGGUGCCGCACAAACUGCUCAAGCUGCUCUCGUAGGUAAACAAGCAAUUGUUCAAAAUCUUAAAAAACAAGCCGUCGACGCCCAACAGCAACUCCAAGCUGAAAUUGCUCAAUUACAUCAACUUGAAGCAGUAGCUGUAGCAGCAUCCAAAUCAUCACAAGACGCCCACUCACUACUGAACAGCCUCACGGCCGCUCUUGCAGCUGCACAAGCUGGUGCAUCCCAUGCUGAACAAGCCGCAGCUGAAGCCGGUAGCGCAGCUGCCUCCCAACACGCUAUGGUGGACGAAGCUAAACAAAAUAUAGCCCAAAUAUUGUUGCAGCUCCAAAGUUCUGUCGGAGAUCUCCAAGAAACGGAAGUUUCUGCACUCAAAGCUGCUGAAGCAGCACAAAUAGCACAAUCUAAUGCUGCAGCGGCUGGUCUAGCAGUUGCUGCUGCUAGUGCCAAAAACGGACAUAGUACAGGAGGUGGAUAUCAGCAUUCAGGACACCAUUACUGA